AUGGGACAAUGGCACAGCGCACCAAAGAAGGCAGGAAAUGCCGCCGAGAAAUGGGGAGACGUGGCGCCACAGGCUGAGGAAACUUUAGGGCAGGCUGAGGAAACCUUAAAACAGGCAGGAAAUGCCGCCAGGAGAUGGGAGGGCGUAGCCCCCCAGGCUGAGCAAACCCUAGGACAGGCAGGAAAUGCUGCCGAGAAAUUGGGAAACUUGGCUCCACAGGCUGAGCAGACCUUAGAACAGGCAGGAAAUGCCGCCGAGAAAUUGGGAAACUUGGCCCCACAGGCUGAGCAAACCUUGACGCAGGCAGGAAAUGCUGCCGAGAAAUGGGGAGAUGUGGCCCCACGGGCUGAGCAAACCUUGAAACAGGCAGGAAAUGCUGCCGAGAAAUUGGGAAACUUGGCCCCACAGGCCGAGCAGACCUUAGACCAGGCGGGAAAUGCCGCUGAGAAAUUGGGAAACUUGGCCCCACAGGCAGAGAAAACCCUGGGACAGGCUGAGCAAACCUUUGGACAGGCUGAGCAAACCUUAGGACAGGCUGAGCAAACCUUAGAACAGGGUGGGAAAAACUUUGAAGACAUCGCAAACACAGUCACCAUGGUCGGUGUUGCUGCAGGAGGUGCGAUUGACAUUGUCGGUGCCAUGGCGGGGAUAUCGGGUGGGCUUUAUGCGGCUAACCAACUUGUCAGGCUUUGUCAGCAAUUGGGUUUGAUUGAGAUGCCCACUCAACAUUUUAGGGUUGCACAGCUUGACGAAACCAACGAUAUUGCUCGUGAAAGCAUGAAUAACAAGCGAGAGGGCGAGCUCGUAGACACGGUGGUUGAUAUGGCGGGUCCUAUUAAAAUGAAAAUGGCGGAGCUGAUGCGACCCAGCAAUGAUCUGGUGGCUUCAGGGAAAACUGGAGAGGCCUGGUUCUUCUUUUCUUGCGAUAACUGGACGGCUCUCCGGCUUCGUGGCAAAGGAUACUGGGCAUUCCACCACCUCAAGCAGUUGUUCGAAGCUGUCCACGCUUUCAACGCCAUAUGCCAAGCUGCCGAGACAAACGAAGACCUAUCCAGCAAAGAACGUGAAGUUAUCUGUAAACGCAGAAGUGUCAUAUGUUUCCUGGACGGCAAGGGAUUUCCUCAAGAUAUAUCCCACGCCACCUUUCCCUCAUAUUUCCGCAACAUUGAAAUUUUUCAGCACAGCCGAGCCAGAGGAUCAAUCAACUUUCAUUCAAUCUUUGUUGAAGAUGGAUGCCGCGCAAAGCUUGAAUACGUCCAAGUGAGGGCUCUGGAAUCACGUGGUGAAACCGAACUCAGUGGCUGCGUUUUGGGUUUUCCAAAAGACACCCCCUGCAUCUUUGCCGAUCCGGAAACUACCUGGGAGAAUCAGUAUGGUGUUGGUGGUAACGUCACUUGCUACAACGGAUGCCGCUUUUCUAACAGCAAGGUCGACUUGAUUCGACGGAGCUGCAAAGAUGAGGACAAGGAGGGUGCGAAAUGCCUAACUGUCGUAAAUGCAAGCGCAAAAGACUGGAAGGUCCGCAUUGAAAGCAAGGUUGGCGUUUCUUACUUCGGGCAGCAAGCGGUGAAGGGAGAUGUUCUGGUUCCUGCUAAUGAGUCGGUUGUCAUCGGUCACACCAGAGGAAAAGGAGGACGUUUGUGCGAGGCAAAUAUGGUAUAUUGA